AAGGGACUAGAACAUCAUCCUUCACAAUGAAUCUCAUGUGAACACCAUCAACAACUUCCCUUCUCAUCUCUAUCUUUAUUCAUCUCAUUCAUCAACAAUCCCAAUUCUCAUCUUCACCUUAUUCUCAUCUUCUUCCUACAAAUGUAACUCUCUUUCUCUCAUGUUUCUAAUUUUUCUUAUGAAGUUGAAGAGUGUGUGAAUAUCCUUUCCGAUCAAAGCAUAUAAUCUCCUAUCCUCCACAUGGUUCAUGAUAAGAAAUUAAUUAGUAUUUCGGAAUUUAGUUUGUGAACUUUACAUUAAAAAGUAUGUUUCUGUCCCCAUGGAUGAAGUUCUUCUUGUUGGAAAAUAUUCCAUUUAAGUGCCCUUGGACCAUUUAUAAAAUUUAAGAUAUAUUGGGGACAUUUAUGUCUUACAAUUAAAUUUGCCAUAUGACAUAUUUGGUCCCUGUAUUUAUGUAUAGUUAACAUAUGAUGAGUAUGUUUUAACAUUAAAUAAUACAUAAGGGACCAAAGGAGUUUCUCUUUGAUACAAGAUAAAACACCCAUACGUUCCAUUCUUACGACUAAAAUGGCCGGACAUGUCUCUUCCCAAAGGUCUCAAGAACACCUAUAUUAGGAGACCCAAGGAAGAUCAUUUAAUCAUCGAAAUCCGCUUGUAUCCUUAGAGAAUCCAAAGACAUCAUGGCCUCAUCAUCUUCGCCAUCAACGUUUGGUUUCUCCUCAACCGCAUCUACUGUUACCCCAUAUAAUUAUGGGAUAGAACCUCUAAAUGGUACAAACUUUUCAACAUGGAGAGAAUCUGUAAAGCUCUCACUUGGCAUGAUGGAACUGAUCCACCGGAUGCUCCUAACGCUGAGAGCACUGUGGAUCAGAAGCGUUCUUAUGAACAGUGGGAGAGGUCCAACCGAAUGUGCCUCAUGGUGAUCAAGAAUUCCAUAUCUGUAGCUAUUCGCGGAGCCAUUCCAGACUUGAAAAUGCGAAAAUCUACCUAGAAUACGUGGAAGAACAGUUUAAGGGCACUUCUAAAGCACAUGCUAGUACCCUAAUUCUCAAAAUAUUGACAAGUAAGUACGAUGGAGUGAGUGGUAUUCGUGAGCACAUCAUGAAAAUGUCUGAUAUGUCCAAUAAGCUCAAAAGCAUGGACAUGGAGAUCAGUGAAGGUUUCCUCAUUCAUUUCAUAAUGACUUCUCUACCUGCAUCAUAUGGUCCGUUCAAGAUCAAUUAUAACACGCAGAAAGAGAAGUGGACAAUGAGCGAGUUGAUUGCUAUGUGCGUUCAAGAAGAAGAGCACCUUAAAGCUGAAAAACUAGAUGUUGUUCAUCUCACCACCACAAACUCAAAGAAAAGGAAAGGUAACCGUCAAGGAGGAAGAAAAGAUUAUACUUCUAAGGUCUCAAAGAUAGGUGCAAAUGAGAGCUCCGGUCCCUACUGCAAGUUUUGUCGCUUCAAAGAGCAUUACCAGAGGGAGUGCCCUAAGUUUAAGGCAUGGUUGACUAAGAAAGGUAACUUAACCACUUAUGUGAUUUAUGAGUCAUUGAACACAUCAGUUCCCCUUAAUACUUGGUGGAUUGACUCUGGUUCAAUGGUUCAUGUUUCAAACACACUGCAGGGAUUCCAUUCAAUCCGGACAUUGGGAAGAAAGAAAAGAGUGAUUAAGGUGGGCAAUGGAGAAGAAUUAGAAGUGGAGGCCAUUGGAACUAUCUCAUUAAUUUUAGAGAGUGGCUUCAUUCUUCAUCUUCGUGAUGCUCUUUAUGUACUAAAUAUUACUCGUAAUUUAGUGUCUGUAUCGAAACUAAGUGCUAAUGGUUUUACAUUUAAUUUCGUAUACAAUAAAGUGACAUUAAGCUUGAACUCAAAUGUAAUAGGAUUUGGUAGCAUGGAGGGAAACCUCUAUAAACUAUGCUUAGAUACUAAUUUUAUGGAAUCCCCAUUGUCAUUUAAUAUAACGUAAAAUCCUUG